AUUCUGACUUGCACGUAAUAACUCAAUGACAUUUCUACAUUCAGUUCCACAUUCCCACAAAACAAGGUUCGAGCUAUCUCUAUUUCUCUGUGAAGGACGUUCUAGUGAAGUGCGCACUCCUCAGGGUGUGAAUGAGACACCACCGCGCCACCUCAGGCCCUGAUGUAGCAUUAGCUAACCGAGCUCGCGACAAAUGGCCGUCUGUUUUCUGUCUUUGUGUGGGAGAAAAGCAACCAGUUUGGGAACUUUGACGACAAAGUUGUACAGAGUCGGCACCUGUAUUGGCUUCUCCAGCACUGCUGCGGAGAGGCGCACUACAGGAGAUGACUGCCACAAUGAUGACGGUGAUGAAGAGCAAAGUCUCUCUCUAACGCAUGUUCGGAUGUUAGAGAUAAAAGCCAACAAGCUGGAGGAGCAAGUCCGGGAUCUCACUCACCGAUAUCAGAGGGCAGUGUCUGACUCUGAUACCGUUCGCAGAAGAACUCAGAAGUUUGUGGAGGACGCAAAGCUCUUUGGAAUUCAAAGCUUCUGCCGUGACCUUGUGGAGGUGGCAGACCUGCUGGAGAAAGCAGCAGGAGGCAUGGCUGAAGAAAGCACGCAGCUUCUGAGUGAAAUAAACAACAAACUGCAACAGGUGUUUACCAAGCACGGGCUGGAGAAGAUGCGUCCUGUGGGUGGCACGUACGAUCCUUACGAACAUGAAAUAGUUUGUCGCACCCCAGCUGAAGGACUUGAGCCUGGCACCAUAGCCGUUGUGAAACAAGACGGUUACACACUGCACGGGCGGACUAUUCGUCACGCACGUGUGGGGAUCGCUGUGAAAACACAGGACUCUUGAUGUCACUUUUGUGUAUGCCUAACUUGUCUUUUUUUUUUUUUUUCUUCUCACUGGGAAAUUUAGAAAUAUGUAUGUGUGCACACAUAUGUAGGUAUGAUAUAGAAAUUUUGAUUUGCUCCCAAAAACCCUGUCCACACUUGCUAUUAACUUUUGCCUCAGAUGAUCGAAGCACAGAUUACAAGCGUGGGUGCAGCCAAAUGUCUCGCGGAGGUGGUCUGAGACGCGCAUGGCCUUGUUACGUUUGCAGUGUGAACGCUGUUGUGGCUGCUGCAUUUCUGACAACAUACAAAAACCACCCAGUGUUGCCAGGUUCACCAUAUUUUUACUCGGCUACUUUUCUAACUAUCCAGCAACGCUGUCACUGCACAUGGCGAGCUGGUGUUUUUCCAUGGCUUAUAAAUAUUGCUGACAUACUAUUUAUUUAAUCUCUAUAUUUUAAAUGUUCAAGUUUUCCCUUAUAUGCAUGCAUCGUCUUACCAUUCACAGUAUAAGCUCUAUUUCAAAAAUGGGUCAGUGGAUUGGUCUUUGCAUUCACUGCUGGUUUGCUUUUUUUUAUGCCAAUGUGUCAUAAUGAGACAAUUUUAGCACCUUGGUGCCAACUCUGUAUAGGGCCUAUGAUAGUUGUUUAUCUAUGUAGUUUACAAUAGUGUUGUUGUUUUUUUUAUUUAUUGCGUUUUACAAGUUUGUGUCUAUAUUUCUUUAGAUUUCUAUUACUCCUUUAUUUAUAUAUAUAUAUAUAUAUAUAUAUAUAUAUAUAUAUAUAUAUAUAUAAUUUUGUGGGGCAUUUACAGAAAUCGGUACUAAAAAAAUAAAGUGUUUGUAUAUAUGAGGACACGAGACCAACCCUACUGAAAACUGGCUUAUAUUUAUUUGUACCUUAAACUACAGGUUGUCCCAAUCGUCUCCAUGCAAAAAGGGGAAAUUAAUACUUUUUUAGCAAAAUGUGACUUUAUUUGCAGUGCAUCGUGUAUGUGAUUGCUGUUGUGAGUCAUCUACAACCUAAUUCAUUAACAUGAGUUCUCUCAUCUCUUUUUAUGCAUAUAAUUGCUUAAUUGUGUUAGGGUCCCAUAUGCAUGGAGAUUUAUUUUUUUUGACAUCCUGUGGUGUCACUCACUGGACCUUGUUUUUGGGAGAAAUUUUAUUUACUUUUGAAUUUCCCUAGAAGUAAAAUGUUAAACAUCCCUUUGUUAGUAUUGAAUCAGCUAUUUUGCACUGUGUUGAUCUUUAUGUUGCAGAGGAGAUUUUCCCUCUACAAUGGAAGAAGGAUUAAAAUAAUGAUAAAGUAUUGAUGGUUUGCUCAAUAUUUGUUGCUGAACAAACCAACAGCAUGUAAAAGUUUGUGGUUUUGUGCCUUAAUCAUAGAUCAGCAGUGUCCAAAUAACAAACUUUAGUAUUUCCCUGUUGAAUAGUUGUCUAGUUUUGAAUAUGUGGUGCACCUUACAUUGGUAUAUGAAGUUCAAGAGAGGAAUCUGUUUGGUAUUUAUAUUUUUAAUUACACAGUCUUUAACUUGUGUGAUGUAUUUUUUGUGUCGUUCACAAGACAAUGUGAAUUAGAAUUUUGUUUCAAGAUGCAUUUGGGAAAAUUUUUGUGUGCAUGAUAUCUGUGAUGUAUGGCAUGUUUAUCACUCAUUAUUUUUGUUAAAGUAAAAUUAAAAUGUUAAACCUUG